CUUUUUGAUUGAUUUGAUAUUUGUGAUUACUACUCUGCUUCAUCGUCGCUUACUCUACAGACAUUUGAUAUCUGUAAAUUUAACUAGUAAUGGAAGAAAGUGGUAUAGUUGGAGGAGCCGAGGCAGUGAUAAACCUCAAAGCUGGAUCUUCGCUUCCUAUUUCGUACCACCCUUCUUUUGGGCCUCACGAUGAUCUACUCCUUCUUGAAGCCGAUGACAAACUCGUCCAAGAUAUCUUCCAUCAAAGGGUCACACUGAGAGGGCUUCCUGAUGAAGAUGCUGUUCUUUGCACCAAAUCUAAGACUUUUGCUAUCAAAUUUGUUGGUAAUUCUAAUUCAAUGUUCCUGAUUCCUCCAUCGUCUAAUAACCAUCAGCUUGUUUCGGUUCUCAAAAUUGCUGCUGGUAAUAUGGAACUUGUUGAGGUAUCUCCUAGGCUUGACAAACUCAAGCAACUUUUAUUGGCUAAUCCUUUUGGUGCUGCUGAAGUAGACGCCAUGAUGGAUGUUGAUGAUGAUGGCUUAGACCAUAAUAAUGGGAACAGGGGUUCAGAGUUGUAUUCCUGGAGCGAUUUGGUUAACACGGUUCAAGCCAGUGAUGAGGAGUUGAGUAUUGGUUUGCAGAGUCUCUCUGCUGUUGAGAUUGAUGGUUACUGGAGGGUUAUAGAUGAGAAUUACCUAGACAUGAUUUUGAGAAUGUUGCUUCAUAACUGUGUAUUGAAAGAUUGGUCCUUUGAUGAUCUCGAUGAAGAUGAAGUUGUGAAUUCGCUAGUGGCUGAUGAGUUUCCUAGCAAGCUAGCGAGUCACUGCUUGCGCGUGUUUGGCUCUAGAGUUAAUGGAACUGAGAGGUGGAAGUUGGAACCGAGGCUUGUGUGUUUGCAUUUUGCUAGACAGAUUCUGAGGGAAGAAAAGAUGAAGUUGGAGAGUUUCAUGGAAGAGUGGAAGAAGAAGAUUCCAGAUGGGAUGGAAGGAAGAUUUGAGAUGCUUGAAGGAGAGGUUUUAACAGAGACAAUUGGGAUCGAGACACGGGUUUAUACAUUCAGCGUACGCUCUCUCCCGUCAACUCCAGAAGAACGGUUUGCGAUACUCUUUAAACAUAGAUCAAAAUGGGAAUGGAAAGACUUAGAGCCUUACUUAAGGGAUCUUCAUGUUCCUAGACUUUCUAUGGAAAGUUUGCUUCUGAAAUACACACGCAGAGCUCAGCCUAAAGCUGAUGCACCACCUGUCUUUAGUGCAAGAUAAGAAGAUUGUUUCUCUAUUUCUAAAACCUUUGGCUUCUUUGUUAUAAUCUGUGUUAGUUGAUGUUAUAGUUUUGUGAAAUUACAGGUUACAGAUCAUCCAAUAUUCUUAUCUACUUGUGUUUGUUAUCACCACUUACUUAUUCUGCAUAAAGGUUUGAAACUAUAGUUAUUGGCUGGACCCAGAAAUUGAAGAGACUUGGGGCCGGGGGCCGUUACUGGUUUAUAUCUUCAUUAGGCUCUGCUAGUGCUGCUAGUCUUUGUCCUAUACUCAUAAAUAUACAACUCAACGUCAAGUAAAUGGAAAACAUGUUAUUUGUUUUGUAUAGACUGUGGUUGUGUUUACUUUGUCUGAAUGUAGAAGCAGAAAAAUUGAAUA